CCCCUCUUAUUCUUUCAUUAUAUAUCAUCAAUUGCGAUGAGAAAGGUUAACACGGCGGGGUUCGGGGCACGCGCAUGGCGGGUCCUGCGCCUGGCACUGCUGUGGGCGCGAAAGGGCGGCGCGUUCCUCGACCUCCGCCUCGCCCUCAAGCCCGCAGGGCGGCGGAGUGUCCGCGACUGCCUCCGCUACGGCGGUGGCGAGCGCGAAUUCUCCUUCGACGAGACCCCCACGUUCCGUCUCAAGACCCCAUCGGCGCGGUGGCAGCUGCUGCUCCCGCGGAUCAUCCCCUGCAUUGCUCCUCCUGCAGCUGAUCAUCAUCAGUUUGACGACGGCGGCCUCCGAUUCAUCGGUUAUGGCGACGCGGAAAGUAGAGAUCACGAAGAAGAGUAUGAUGAUGAUUAUGAUCAUGAUUGUGAUCAUGAAAAUGAUGAGAAUGGGUUGGAAUGUGAGAUUGAUUUGAGGGCCGAGGAGUUUAUAGCGAGGUUUUAUCAGGAGAUAAAGCUGCAGCGUCAAAGAUCUUGGAUACAAUAUAUGCAAUGAGAUGCUAAAGAAGUUUAUGUUAGGUUUUUUUCCCUUUUUUUGUGUGCGUAUUUUUGUAUUUUCUUACAGUAUAUAUACCUGAUUUGUUAUAUA